AUCUCGCGCGCCAUUGCUCGCGCAAGACAUUUUUUCGCGUCUUGAAAAAUUAUUGUCUUUUUUACCCAAACAACGUUAAAUCUUUGAAAGUAAAUCCAAAAUGGGUUUGCCUGGAAUACCGGAGGAUAAAUUGCCUCCGUGCUGGUCCGACGAUGUGCGUAUGAAUGCGUUAUUUGCACCUUUUCGGAUAAAGACAGCCAACCCCGAAUCUUGGGACAUGAAGAUGAAAUUCUGGAGUGAUAUGUUGAGACAGUGGUGUAAAUGUAAAAAGGAUCCGAUAAUAUCUGCGGCGGACGCUAAAUUCUCGUUUCAGCGCAAAGGUCGCACGCCAGCGUGCAUCGAUAUUGUUGUUGAAGAAUUGUGUCGGAGCGGAGAACUGUCCCCUCUCUCCAAAUACCAGCAAAUCCUCCACAAUGGCCCAGAAGGCUGGGUUCGCUGGGGAGCCCGAUUAGCCUUCAAGCCGGCAGCAUUCGCUCUCACCGCUGUCUCAUCGUUACUGCCUGGUCGACAGAGUUUGGAUAAUGAUGGGCUGCCGAAAGCCAGUAUCGAUUCUACUCAACGAUGGGUGGUGGAGAGCGCUGUGAAGGAGCAAGCCACAGAGCUCCUCAACUCGUACCCUUCCCACGAGGAGCGCAUCGGCACCAUAGACGAGCUGAUGAAGAACUGCGCCUGGCCGGGCAGCCGGGAGACGUUUGAAGUGCUGCUCGGGUAUCUAGUGGCUCAAGGAGCAGCGGUUAAGAAGGAUGAGAUAGUUAAGAUUGCACAACCGGACAAGAAAGCAACACCAGUGACAGAGACAGACGAAGCGCUGGUCAAGCUGAUGACAGCCGAAAGCCGAUUGGGGGCGGAGCUAACGCGGCUCGCGCGUGACGUCACUUCCGCCGAAAGCGACGCGCGCGCAGCGUUACAAUUGGGCAACAAACUUGCUGCCAAGAACCACCUCCGCAGGAAACUCAAGGCUCAACAACGCGCCACCCGCUGCGAAUCAACCUUAGAAAAUGUCCGCCAUCUGCUACAGCAAACUAGAGAGGCGGAUGUCAACGCUGCUAUCGUCGACACCUACAAAACCACAGCCGAUGCUAUGAAGCGCGGCAUGAAGGAAGGCGGACUGGAAGAAGAUGCCGUUUACGACACCAUAGAUGAACUCAAAGAGGUCAUGGACACAUACAACGAGGUGGAAAAAGCCCUCAGUUCCACGGUUGAAGAAUAUGACGCCCAAGAGUUGGAGGAUGAGCUCAAGGAACUACUCGCAAAGCCCGGCCCUCCCGGAGGAGGCACUCCAGGAAAAGAAGAGAAGACAGAAAAACCAAAAGAGAAAACGCGCAAAGAGUCCGAACGCGAUUUCGUUUUCGACGGCGAGGAGCGUAUACUGGCCGAGUUGGAACAACUGGACGUGGAGCACGGAAGCCCUAAAGAGAAGAGAACAGAAGAGAAGAAGAAAAUACCCGUCACUGAGGAGUGGGAGACUGAACUGGCUAAACCGCAGCCCAAAUCAACGAAGCCGUCUCAGUCGUGGUACCCGCCGUCUACGCAGAGCCUCCGCCCCGAGACGUGGAAUAAUAACCUGGACUCCGGCGAGAUGCGGCAAGACCACCGGAUACACCCGGGUCAGCCCCUAAACAUAGACUUCACGACGCCCCCAAGACUAUACAACUCGGACUUCCAAGUGCGCGACCAGAAGUUCAAAGAUGGCGUCUGGCUGUACAACACUAGGGACGCUAACAGCAAUGUGGAUAGCGAAUUAGGCGCUAGCACGGAAUAUUUUAGCUCCGAAAGCCCGGGCAAGUCCGGCAGCUCGUUCCAAAUGGCCCCCGGCGGGGAACGCAAGCGGGCCCCCCAGAAGGGCCAAGACCCCGUGGCCCCCGCGGCCCCCUGGCCCACAGACAACCCGGUAGAAGACCUGGAGAGGAGGUUGCGUAGCCUGAGAGGAUUCAACUUAUAAUAUUAAGUGUGUGAGUGUAAUUAUUAUUAUAGGAUACAGUGGACAGAAUAUCAAUUUACAAGGACAAAACUGGGUGAUUUUGUGACGUCAGCGAGACUUCAGAUCACUUUCAGAUUCAUAUGCUCUGUCACGUCAUAAUAUAUCAAUUCUCAAUCUGAUUUCUGAUUCUGCUAGACCUAUAGAAGAUAGUCAAUCCUCAACUUCGAAUUCUUAAGGUACAGUUACACAUUCUCAUAAAAUGUCAUGUUUAUUAGCAUGCUCAAAACAUGUGUGCUAGAACAACUCGAAAAGAGCAUGCAGCAGUUGUUUCGACACAAGCUUUCAAUUUUAUAAACUUUAAAAAAUCGAAUUGCUUCAGCUUGGAAUCGAACCCACAACCUUUCGCUUGCGACUGCUCUCACCGCUAAGACAUUGGAUAAAUCCGUCUAAAAUCGAAAUCACGAUUUUAUAUUUAUUUCGAACUCUUAUGUUCUUCUGAUAAAUUUCGUUACGGGUCUAAUAACAGUUUAACUU